CGCACGCAAGCUCACACUCGCGUUCACUCUCAACUUUAAACUUUUCCAGCGUUCCUGCAGUUCGGAUCAACAGCACUGAGGCUUCUACACUUGAAGUGACUGGAUUUCUCGACAUGGAUCUGUGGAGAUAUAAUCUGAGUCGAACAGAUUUGUGAAGUCUUAAUUCAUUUAGGAACAUGGGAAUGAGUGUUCAGAAACGGCUCCCUCCUGACAGUGUUUUCGAUCGCUCCCGCGAAGUUCUUGUUUUAUCUGGAUAAUUAUUUUUUUUUAUGUUGGACCGCAUGGAAAAAAAUUCCAGCCGUUCACAGUGGGAUUGUUACGCGUGUUCUCUGCGGCUUGAUCAGAGUGGAGUAACUGAGACAUUGUUGCAUUGACGGAUGCGGUGAUUCUGCUACAACCUGCUACAUUCUGGAAUGUUUGGAAUCCUUUGAAGUGGACGCGGCGCACCGCACAAUAAUGGAGUCAUUAUGACGUCUCGUUAUCAAUCACGACGCGUGGGAUGCCACGGGGAAAUCUGCAAUAUCAUUGAAAUGACCUUUAGGCGGUCAUAUUAAACUCUUUUUGUGGUUUAAAUCGAUGCUCGCGCCAGGAGGCUGCCCGCUGUCAAUCACUCUGUCAGUCAUGUUCUGUCAGUGAUACUUGAGGCCAGUCACCAACUGAAGUUCCAUUCAAUUGUUAAUAAUAUUCUUCUAUUUCAAAUCUCAACCCUGCUGAAUUAAAAAAAAACUAAAAAAACUACCCACUCUAAAAGCCACUGGUUUUUUUUUUUGGACAGUUUCAGUGACCUCUAAGGAUUCUCCUGUCUUUCAGCUGAGCUCUGAUUGGGCGGAUAGCUUUGUGGACAGUGCAUAAUGUAUGGCCGGGGCCCGCCGCUGCAGCCAGGACAAUGAGGGUUCCUGUGCAGCGAUUGGCCGGGCUCUGGCCGUGGCUGCUCAUGGCUGUCUUGCAGGUGGCAUUGGGCCACACGGGCCUGGAACUAGCCGCUGCUGUGGAGUCUGAACGCUCCGCACCCCGAGCCAUGAUCAAGGUGUCACUGCUGAAACAGGAGCCCACCAGCAGGCCAAUCACCCUAGAAGGGGUGUUCGCCGGGGGCAGCGCAGGCUAUGCUGAAGGGAAACUGAUGCAGUCUCACCCGCUGUCUCUGUGUAACACCAGCGAAGAUGACCGUCAGGAGACCAUCUUCAUCAGCAUCGUCAAACUCGAGAGUCCAGAGAGCAAAGUGCCGCAGUGCCAGCCGCUGCUGGAUAAAGUAAGACUGAUGGGAAACUCACACACACACAUAUGA